UAUAUUUUGUUCAACUUUAGAGGUUAUGUUGUGAUUUUUGACAGAUGCUGUAUAUUUAUUUCGUAAAGUAUUAGUGGCUGGUAUAAAAUUAUUUCGUGAAAAUCAAAGGAUUCAAUUUAAUAAAAAAAAUGAUUUCGCAGAAGUAUCUAUUAAAUCGCACAUUGCCUAUAGUCAUCCAGCGCGCUGAGGCGCAUCGCAAACCCCGCUGGUUACCAGUGGCUAAAUCAAAAAUAUAUCGCAUUCCGAAACGACCCGAAAUCUCUGAAGAUGAACGUCUGGAACUACGCCGCCUAUCUAAUAACUAUAAAACACAAAUGCGUGCAGUAAAACGAUUCUAUGUUGAAGAUUUCUUACGAGAGAAAUUAACUUUAGAAAGUGCUACAUCUGAAAUGUCCCAGCGUUUAGAAGCGGAAGAAUGGCAGCGUUGUGAAGAAAUUAAUGAUAUGUGGAAUGCACAAAUUGCUGCUGAAAGAGAAGAGAGGAGAAAGAAGGAGUUGAAUGAAAUGGAACAAUACUCUCUCGCUCGUAUGGAGGCUAAAGACCGUGAAAUGAAGGAACGAAUUGCUAAAGCAUCAGCAAAAAUAAAACGGGAAAAGGAGCUGAGUACAACAUUCAUAACACGAGAAAACUUGGAAGCAACCAUAGAUGCUGUUUUAGCCAAUCCAACAGAUUAUAAUUAUGCUAUUGACUUAAGUGGAAGGAAGUUCCCUGGCAGAGAUACUAAGAUUGAAUAUGAAGACAAUAAAAAGCAAGCACAGAUAGCAAACUGAUAUGUGAGAUGAAGGAUAAGAUACAUAAAUAUUUCUUAUGCAUCAUAAUGGUAGAAAAUUUCAUAAAUAUGGAGAGACAUUUCCUGGGCAUAAGACAUUUUAUUAGAAUUGUGGAGUAUGUUUAUAUGUUACAAAUAGAUAGAUAUAGGUAUAUUCAGUGUUUUAAUUAUAAUUCAAUCAACUUUUUGCUCAUAUAGAAAUACCAAUCACUGGAUGAGCAAGCUUUGCCAUGAAUUUUAAUAGUUUCUGAAAAUGACUUC